AUGUCUUCUAACAAUCAAAACAUAUCAACUGGGAAAAUGGUUGUGGAGAAUAUAAGUUGUAGGAAAUGUGGAAGGAAGGCUACUCUUCUGCCGUCUGGUUCUGCUGACAAUCAGGGACGUCUGUACUACAGAUGCCCUCUCCAUGGAUGGUUGAAGUGGUUCAAUCACACCAACACCGAAUCCAAUUCGACUUCCCAAGGAACACGAAGAAGGUUUUUUAUAGGCGGCGAAUCUGAUGGUGGCAAUGAUCAGAUUAGAAUGGGAAUUGAAUUGGGAUCAAGAAAUGACGAAAUGGGAUCAAUGGGCGAAGGAAUUACUGGAAAUAAAAUGAAGCUCCAAUGUUGCAAGUGCAGGCCAAAACUGGAUUGCCUCUUGAUGGUUGUGAUUGCUGGAGUUUUUGUGAAUGUCAUGGUUCUGCUGCUAGUGUUGGUUGUUCUGUGUAAAAGAUAA